CCAUCAUCAAACACCCUCACACACUUGACCAGCAUCUCAUUCCCGUCCCCGGCGACUGAGUAGCGGUCUCUUCCCAACUCGGAACUCAGUCCAUUCCGCAUUUCAAUUUUCUCUUCACUUGGCAAAGCCCAAACCAAACCCUGGCUGAAGAAGAGAAUUGACUGAGAAGAAGAACACAGAAAUGGGCUCCGAACUGAUUUUCAGAGGGCACGAGACCCAGCCCGUGGACGACGCGUACUCACCAAAGCCCCACAAACCCUGGCUCACCGUGACUCGCCCGAUUCACUACAUGCUCCGUGAGCAGCGACUCCUCUUCGUUCUCCUCGGCGUCAUCAUAGCAACCCUCUUCUUCACAUUCGUCCCUUCCUCUUCCCCUUCCGCUUCCUCCUCAAGCGUUUCGUACGAGUCUCUCCCGAUCUCCUACUUCGAGCGCGAGUCAAAGAUUCCGGCGUACCACCACCGCGUGGCUGCGGCGGUGCAUUCGGUGGGGAAGGUGCCGCUGGGGAUUAAGAGGAAGGGACUCCGGAUCGUAGUGACGGGCGGCGCGGGGUUCGUGGGGUCGCACCUGGUGGAUCGGUUGAUUGCGAGAGGGGACAGCGUGAUCGUGGUGGACAAUUUCUUCACGGGAAGAAAAGAGAACGUGAUGCACCAUUUUGGGAACCCUAGAUUCGAGCUCAUCCGACACGACGUCGUUGAGCCUCUCCUGCUCGAGGUUGAUCAGAUCUACCAUCUGGCUUGCCCUGCUUCCCCUGUCCACUACAAGUUCAACCCCGUCAAGACUAUCAAGACGAAUGUGGUGGGGACCUUGAACAUGCUGGGGCUUGCAAAGAGAGUGGGCGCGAGGUUCUUGUUGACGAGUACCAGUGAGGUUUAUGGAGAUCCUCUGCAGCACCCUCAGAAGGAGACUUACUGGGGCAACGUCAACCCAAUUGGUGUCCGAAGCUGCUACGACGAGGGAAAGCGUACGGCCGAGACGUUGACCAUGGACUACCACCGAGGUGCCGGCGUCGAGGUUAGAAUUGCUAGAAUCUUUAACACCUACGGGCCUAGAAUGUGCUUAGAUGAUGGUCGUGUUGUUAGUAACUUCGUUGCUCAGGCACUAAGGAAGGAGCCUCUGACCGUUUAUGGAGAUGGGAAGCAGACAAGAAGUUUCCAAUAUGUCUCUGAUUUGGUGGAGGGUCUAAUCCGCCUUAUGGAAGGAGAACACGUGGGACCUUUCAAUCUUGGAAAUCCGGGAGAAUUUACAAUGCUAGAACUUGCCAAGGUGGUUCAAGAAACAAUCGACCCUGAUGCUAGGAUAGAGUACAGGCCGAACACAGAGGAUGAUCCGCACAAGAGAAAGCCUGAUAUAAGUAGGGCUAAGGAUCAACUUGGCUGGGAACCCAAGGUUGAUCUGCGCAAGGGCCUCCCACUAAUGGUUUCUGACUUCCGGCAACGCAUUUUUGGUGACCAGAAGGAAAAGGCAACCGUAGCCUAAUUCUUGCGUGUCAUGUAUCUUAGAGUGAGAAAGGGAUAUAAGAUAAUAAUAGUUCGAGGAUAACCCUGGCCCGCCAAAGGUCCCAUUAGUCAUCACAGGAUUAUAUGAGCUCUACUAAAAUGUCCCUUUGUCGUUUGUUCUCCGUCAAUCUUUACAUGCCGGGUUAUUUACCCUCUUUCAAGAUUGACCACCACCCCUGAUUCCAUUUUUCAAAUUCCUGCCAUCUAUAUUCUAUUUCUUUCUCUUUUUUUUUGGAUGUAAUUGGUAUGUGCAACAGUGCAAGAGGCUACAGUUAUAGUUAUUUCAACAUUUUACCUUCUCACUUGUUCUAUUUUUAUUUAAACUUCAUUACUUCUCCACUUAUUUGCAAUUUGAUCUCUGAAUUUGUAGAGUUUGCUACA